AUGAAGCUCAACAUUGGGCUCAGUGCAGCCUUUGCAGGCAUUGUUGCUGCAUCUCAACAACCCGCCGCUGACGGUACCAAAGUUUACAUCCUCCGAGGAUCCCAUCACAUCGAGCCUACGACGAGCAUCACUCCCAGCGAAGCCCGUCUCAUCCUGUACCAGCGCCUCGCCCCCGAGGGACGGGACUUUUCAUUUCGCGAUCUCACAGCUUCCGACGAUGAAGAGCGUGUCGUUUCUUUAAUGAACAAAUAUGGAAAGGCCCCUGCGCCAUUGCUCUCCGAUGAGAAGACCGCGACGCCGCGCCAGCUCGCUAUUACCAUUGAGGGAAUGCCCUCCUUCGAAUACGAAUCGUUCUUUGGCUGGCUUUUUAACACACAGCCCGACUUCACCACGGAUAUUAGCAAGGAGAAUGGCGAGCAUCCCGAGGUCUUUGUAAAUGUCCUCGCCAAGAUGCCCGAGUGUCCCCUGAGCCAGAUUGCUGCCUUGGACGAGAAGUGUUUCAAUGGCCAAUCUGCUUAUGCGUCAUACAGCAGAUCCCAGGAUGGUGAUCACCCCACUACCCUACUAAAUGAGCUUCCCAAGCUUCAGAAGCUCGCCGAGUCAGGCGAACUACAGACCAUCCUGGUUUUCCUGCCCAUCGGCGUCGACUCUGAGGACAAGUCCGACAAGGAUCAAGAGCUUCGACGUCGACAGGCUGAGACCGUUAUCUCGUCUAUCGAAGAGACAGCCGAGUCACCGGCCGAAACCUCUACCACACCCGCGAAGCCUUCGAACCCCAUUAAAGCUGUAUGCUUCACCUCAGAGGAUAGCUGCAUGGAAGCUACGGGCAACUGCACAGGUCACGGAAAGUGCCUGAACAAAUACGGCAAAAGCAAGGACUCUUGCUUCGUCUGCCACUGUCAAGUUACCAAGUCCGAGAGUGGCAGUGUCACUCACUGGGGCGGUAGCAUGUGCCAGAAGCAGGACAUUAGUGUCCAGUUCUGGCUCUUUGCUGGCUUCACCAUUGCCCUCCUUACCAUUCUGUACAUGGCUAUUGGCAUGCUCUUCAGCGUUGGUGAGGAGAAGCUUCCUGGAGUGAUUGGUGCUGGUGUGUCGAGGUCCAAGUAA